GUGGUUUCUUCUCUUUCAUUUCCGUGUCACGCCGAAGCCACAGAGCAAGUUGUCAACGUAAACAGUGGAUUUGGCCAACAUUUUGCUCACAUUUACAAAACCCACAUGGGUGACACCGCAACACACAGAACAAAUAUCAUUUUAUACGUCAAUUAAGUGACAUAGCAACAAAAUGUCAAGUAAAGAGGUGAAAACGGCCCUGAAAAGUGCCAGAGAGGCCAUAAAGAACAAAGAGUUCAAAGAGGCCCUAAAACACUGCAAGGCUGUUUUGAAACUUGAGAAGAACAAUUAUAAUGCAUGGGUCUUCAUCGGCCUGGCAGCCAGUGAACUCGAGCAGCCAGACCAGGCACAGACAGCUUAUAAAAAGGCUGUAGAGCUGGAGCCUGAGCAGCUGCUGGCAUGGCAGGGCCUGGCAAACCUUUAUGAGAAGACUGAUCAGUGGGAUUUCAAAGUUGAGCUACCGAAUGUUUAUCAGAAGCUUGUUGACCUGUAUGCAAGCUCUGACAAAAGUAAAUGUUAUGAGAUGAUCAAAAAGCUGUCAAAUAUGUAUCAGGCUGACAAAGAAUAUUUAAAGUUGGCAAAGGUUUGGCUGCUGCUCCUGCAACUGAAGGAGGAAGAGGCUGUGGACAAGAAAGAGUUGCUGCAGCUAUGGCAACAGAUGACCCAACUCCUCUCAGACUGCCUUAAUGAAGAAGUGCAGGACAAUGAAAUUCAACAGCUUUUAAUCACUGCAUUUGAGAAAGCCAUGGUUCUCAUUGAUCCUGUACCAGGAGAGGAACACAAGAAGAUCUCAACUGACUACAUCAAAUGCCUUUCUAAACUACCAAAUGAUGAAGCCAAACUGAAAGAGGCGUGUGAGUCCAUGCUGUCCCUCUACCCCAAGCAAAGUUAUCCUCUUGAAGUCCUGUGUUCUCACUACCUCAAAACAGGUGUUCAGAGUGAGGAUGCAGUCAGCUGUUUCUCCCGGCUCCUGGAUCUGGACCCUAACAGUGGAUUAGGUCACAUGGGUCUGGGCACCAAAGCAGUGCAAGAAGGGAGGUAUAAAGAUGCCAUUAAGGACCUUGAACAAGGACUGAAAAAGAUGAGCUCCAGUACAGGAUGGUACAGUCUGGCUGAAGCUCAGUUUAAAAUGCACAGAUACUCAGAAGGUGCUGUAUCAUGCUCUCAAGGUCUGGCAGUUUGUGUUUCUGGAGACAAGGAGCUGAGGGUCAAACUGCUUAGGCUGAAGCUUGAGGCUUUAGUAAGGAGUGGAGAAGAGAAAGUUGCAGACCAGGCUUUGGAGACUUUUUCACAGAUCCCAAAUGCUGAACAAGACCCUGUUCUCAUAGCCCUGAAAGGACAUGCAUACCUGAACAAGGGAGAAGUUGAUCAAGCACUUAAGGUGUCAUCAGAGCUGGUGGCCUCUAACCCUAACCAGGUCCAGGGAUUGGUUCUGAGAGGACUGGCACAACUGGCUCAGGGCCAGCAGGAGCUGGCAGAGAAGAGUUUCCUGAUGGCAACCAGUCAGAGCCCUAACUGCGGAGAGUAUUAUUUUUUGCUGGGAAAACUCUACUGGGACAUGGGAAACGAGACCCGUAAAGACCGGAGCAAAGCCCAUACGCAUUUGAUCAAGGCUGCAAAGUUGGACCCACAUUCUGGAUCUGCAUUCCGCUACCUUGGACAUUAUUACCGAGAGGUGGCAAAUGAUCAUAGCAGGGCACGAGGCUGCUAUAAGAAGGCAUUUGAGUUGGACAACAAUGAUGCAGAAUCUGGAGCUGCCUCAGUGGAUCUCAGUAUGGAGAUUGACGAUAUGGACACUGCCUUAGCAAUACUCCAGUCAGUGAUUGAGAAAGCCACUCCUGGCUCAGCUAAAUGGGCUUGGAUGAGACGAGGUCUUUACUACCUGAAGGUGGGAGAGCACAAGCAAGCUACGGCUGAUCUGCAGGCAGCUCUGAGAGCAGACCCCGAGGACUGGGUAUGUUGGGAAUGUCUGGGUGAGGCCUACCUAAACCGCCGGAGCUUCACAGCAGCUCUGAAAGCCUUUGGUAAGGCCCAUCAGCUUCAGCCGUCCUCCAUCUACAGUGUCUACCAGGCUGCUGCUAUCAAACAGACCCUGGGCAAGUUCAAGGAGGCAGUUGCAGAGUAUUUGCAGAUCACAGCAAAGCAGGACUAUGUUCCUGCUCUUAAAGGUCUUGGAGAGUGCCAACUGUCUCUGGCAAAAAGUCUAAUGGAAGACUGCAGGGAUGGGGGAGCCAUUGACCUCAUUCAGCAAGCCAUACAGAACCUCUUCAGAGCUGUGGAGCUGCGUCCAGACCUGUCCUGUUUGUGGAAGCUGCUGGGAGAUGCUUGCACCGCAGUCAGUAUGGUGUCACCAAACAGAGCGCAGGUUUUAGUGCCUGCCCCAUUGGCUGGUUCAGACCCCAACACCCAGAGCAACACACUGAACCAGGUCCAGACACUCAAAGUCGGUGAGAGGUGUUAUGCCCGUGCUUUGAAACUGAUGUCUGAGGUCCCAAGCCUUUGGUACGACCUGGGACUCAAUUACUACCACCAGGCCAGGCUGUCCUGCCCUGCAGAGGGAGAGCUGAACUCGUUAUCUCUGCUCCUAGAGAAGGCCCAGCAGUGUUUGAAAAAAGCUAUUAUGAUGGAGAGUGGGAACCACAGCUACUGGAAUGGCUUGGGAGUGGUUUCCAUGAGCAAAGGUCUUGAGAACUUUGCUCUGGCUCAGCAUUGCUUCAUCAAGUCCAUACAAGUGGAAUCAAAUAAUGUUGUUGCUUGGACUAACCUUGGGACCCUGUAUUUAAAGAAGGACAAUAUAGAGCUUGCACACAAGGCCUUCAAGAUUGCCCAGUCCCUGGAGCCACUUUAUGUCAACUGCUGGAUCGGACAGGCACUGAUUGCGGAGAGAGUAGGAAGCUAUGACACCAUGGAUCUUUUCAGGCACACCACUGAACUCAGCACACAUCAGAUGGAGGGAGUGAAAGGUUACGCCUACUGGGUGUGUUCCACCCUGCUGGAUAAGAGCAACAGGGACUCUGAACUGUACCGCUACAACAUAGUCCAGAUGAACGCCAUCUCGGCAGCUCAGGUGGCACUCACCAAGUACACAGAGAGGAUCCAGUCUGACCCUGAUGCAUUCAUCAUGCUUGGCUACCUGAAUGAGCAUCUGCAACUGAAGAGGCAGGCCUUGCAGGCUUACAGAAGAGCUGUUGAACUGCUGCAGUCCAUGUCCACAACAGAAGAGCUGGCUUUUGCCUUGGGCAGCUAUGGCCGUGCUUUGUGCACGUCAGGCCAGUGGGAGGAGGCGGUGCGUGUUUAUAACUCCACUCCACUGCAGGAGCUCAGCGACCUGUCUGGGCUGGCUCUGGCCUACUGCAGGGCUGGACUAAUCACAGAGAGCAUUAACGCCUACGAACGUGCCUUGGCUGUGGCUUCCAGUGAGAAAGAGAAGGCCUACAUCUUAACAGCUCUGGCUCUGCUUCAGCACCUGCAGGGUAACCUGGACUCAGCCAAGACUCUGCUGUUUAAAUGCUCAAUGUUAAAGGAGCCGAUUUCAGAGUCUCUGCUGUGUUUAUGCGCCCUCGGAUUGGUCCACGGCGAUGCUACAUUAGCGUCUGCUGCAUUGACUGAGCUGCUGAAGCAAGGUUCAGCCUCUGGGAAUGUUGUGGAGCAGCGGUGUCUUCUCACCUGCGCCUUGCUGGCCCUGCAGGGCAAGUACAGUGCGGUGCAAAGAGAGGCUUCCAGAGCUGUACACAGCAAUCCUGGAAACCCAUCUCUGUGGGCGCUGCUGUCCAGACUGGUACCACAGUACUACCCCAGGAAGGCAAAUGGUGGAGCGAUGGCUGGUCAUGUCGCCUGUCUCUCCAGUAUGACCCAAGGAAAGAGGGCGUUGUUGUACAGUGGAGUGAACCAACUGGCCAGCGGGAGGCAUUCAGGAGAAGACCAACACAGGAAUGCACUGAAGACGAUGCAGAGAGCUGUGCUGCUCUGUCCUGAUGAUCCAGCAACAUGGGCGGGACUAAUGGCUGCCUGUCACACAGAAAACACCUCCUGUUAUCUUUCGGGUUCUGCUCCGGGCCGACAAGGUCUGGAGCAGGUCCUCAUGUCAGUGGUUUCUGAGAAAGUGCGUAUUGUGGAGGAGAUAGAGCGCCCUCUGGCCCAGAGUCUGGAAGGCUGGGUGUUACAACAGGCAGUGACUGGUCUCAUGCUGGGGGGACAACUGGAUCAGGCUGAAGCUCUCUGCUCACAGGUGCUGAAUGUUUCUCCAGAACACCCAGCCGUGCUGCUGUCACUCAGACAGGUGCAGUGUCAGCGCCUCCUUCUUGCCAGUGGUGAUACUGUCCUCCCGGACGCUGUGCUGGAGCAGCUUAACAACACGGUGAUGGUGAACCCCGCCAACGUUGGGGCGUGGCACUGGCUGGCUGAGGUGUAUCGCAGCCAGGGUCUGCUGGUCCAGGCAGUCAUGGCUUACAGGCAGAGCCUUCAGCUGGCCUUGCAGCUCGGCAUGCACAGCAGCCAGGUAUCAAGCCUCCUCCGACUAGCCCUGCUGGCCCUCGGACCCUGUAUGGCGGGUGUCCCAGGAAACGACUGGACAAACCUGAUACUAGAAGCCACCACUGAGGUCUUGAAGCUGGGUUCAUCCCCUGUGGCUUUCCUUUUCCAGGCCCUGCUCCAGUAUGCGACCAAGAUGGCUGCCAGGGAAACGAGGCGUUUGUUGGAGAGGCUGGUAGACGCCCCCCCUCAAGACUUCCCAGUGACGGUAGUGCAGGUGGCCAGCUGGUACCUGCUCAGACAUUUGCUGGCUAAAAACGACGAAGAGCUAGUUAAUGUCCUUUUGCAACAUGCCAAAAAGAAUGGAGAUGAAAGACUGCUGAAGUUUCAUUCACUGCUUGCCUCUUCUUCAUCAUGAAUUUUGUCUACAGCUUCAUCACUAUGAAAUCAUGCAGCUUCACAGGUUUAUCCACAGGUCUUAGUCAUAGGCAUAAGUCAUUCAGCUAAAUAUGAAAUCAUAUCGAACUGGACAUCGUGGCUCUCACAGCAUAAAUGUGACAUUUAUUGGGUUUACGUUAUUCUUUGGUUUUACACUAGGCAGUGUUCAGGUAUCAUAUAUGUCAUCAUAUUAUUUCAAAAUGUAUAAAAUAACCAAUGUCAUUCUGGCUGAAAUAAACAGAUUUUGCUCAAUAUAUAAA